GUUGAAAGUUGAAAUGGCUCCUCUACAUUGAACAAGAACAAGAAUCAUAAAUAUUCACUAUUCUAUUGUCAAAACCGAAGCAGUAAGUAAACCAUGGCGAUAUUCCGAUGGCCAUCCGCCGCCGUCAUCUCACUACUGCCGGUGCUCGCCGCCGUGGUGGUCUACCAACUCGAGACCUUCGACCCGGUCCCCUACCCGGUCGAGGAACUGGACCGGAUUGGACCGCCGCUGGUCGCCCCCAAACAAAACGCGCGUAUGCUGCUGGGAUCUGAAAAGAUCGCCCACGGUGAGGUGCACGCGCCGGAGGACAUCGCUCUGGACCCCAACACCGGCGAUAUAUACACCGGCGGCGAAGAUGGGUGGCUCAGCCGCGUCACGGCCGGAGGCGCGGCGACGAAGUGGGUCAACACCGGCGGCAGGCCGCUCGGGAUUGCUCAUGGGCUUCACGGCGAAGUCAUCGUCGCCGACGCCGAUAAGGGACUCCUAAACAUAAGCAAAGAAGGAGUGAUCGAAUUGCUGACAGAUGAGGCCGAUGGCCUGAAGUUCAAAUUAACGGAUGCCGUAGUUGUCGGCCCCGACGGCACCCUCUUCUUCACCGAUGCUUCUUACAAAUACAAUGUCCGAGACAGCGUUCUCGACUUGUCCGAAGGUAGACCCCAUGGCAGAUUCUUGAGCUAUGAUCCAUCCACGAAACAAACGACACUCCUUUUGGACAAUCUCUAUUUCGCGAACGGGGUUGCGCUCUCUCCCGACAAUGCCUACCUUAUUUUCUGCGAAACCGGCAUGUGUCGCUGCAAGAAGUAUUACAUAGAAGGUCCGAAGAAAGGAAGUGCCGAAACAUUUGUUGAGAACUUGCCCGGGCUACCCGACAACAUAAGAUACGACGGCAAAGGGCAUUAUUGGAUUGCAUUAGCCUCGGAAGCGAAAUUCUGGCGAUUGGCGCAGAGAUAUACGUGGAUGCGAAAAGUCUACGGGAUGAUGGAGAAGUACAAAAUUCGACCGAUUCUAGAGAACAAUGGCGGUGUUUUCGUGGUGGAUUUGGAUGGCAAACCAGUUGCACACUAUUACGAUCCGAAGCUAUAUUACAUCUCCACGGGGAUUCAGAUCGGUGACAAUGUAUAUCUUGGAUCGAUAGUGUUUCCAUACAUCAUUAGCCUAAACGUGAGUCGAUAUCCGGCAACUCCAGUAGCUGUAGCUGCAUGAUCAACCAGAAAUCAAUCUAGGAAAGGAAAUGUUAGUGUAUCAUAGGACUCGACGAGGAUCAUAAAACUCCGUUGUUUUGCUUUCAUUUGGUAGAAAUAAAUACAACAUGGCCGUGUUUUUCCCUUUGAAAUGCUGUCUGGGUUGAAUACAGAACAUGUUAUUGAAGAUAGAUUUUAAGAGAUCGCGCAGUUAGGUUGUUCUUGUUUGUGAUGAGCACUGGCAAUGUUCUUAGAGGACACGGCCGUGUUCUUUCUGCAUUAUUCGGAUUGUCUUUUGUUGUUCUUACCUUAGAAAUAUAGCUGUUUUACUUUUUAGAACAAUAAGUCGUUUCUCGGAAGC